AUGUUUAAAAAUCUUAUGCUGGUAAGGGGUCAAGAUAUUACCAGGCCUUGAGAAUUUAUCGAAAAAAAAUUCCAACCAUCCGAGGAGUACAUUGCGUUUGUGAAAAUGCCACUCUUCUUUUAAAAAAAGAUUGACUGAUUGACUUGAUUGACACUAGUGUUUCUGCAUCGCAGGUUCGCAUGGCUGUCAGAGCGACCCAAGCCUCUACUUCAUUGACGAUCACAAUAUCAAAUGUGCCACUGUCAAAUCUUUGCAACAACCAAACCCUUCCUUUCAAACGGUAGUCACUAAAAUUGCUGAAGGAGCAGGGAUUGAUAUUGAUGUGCGAAACAGAAUGAUCUAUUGGAGUGACACCACGGCGUGGACGAUAAACCGAAUGAACUUGACUUCAGGAGAAAUAAAAGUCAUUGUUAGGCAUAAUGUAGGAGAGGUUUACUCCCUGGCUGUUGAAUGGGAAAGCGGCUUGAUCUACUGGACGGAUUAUAUCUAUGAGAGAAUAGAAGUAGCUAAACUUGAUGGGAGCUCCAGGAAAACUCUUGUAACACAGAACGCGCGUUCGCCUGUUGGAAUUUCAGUCGAUCCAAGAAAUGGGUAGGUAAUUAUGGUCUCGGAGUCGUGCAUUGCUUUUUCUAUUCUAUCUUUAUCCUGAGCAAGUUUUAUUGGGUAGGAAAAAUUUGACAAGUUUUUCCGCCAAGUUCACCAGUAUAAGACGUAUUAGUCACGUUUUUGAAUAAGGAGGCUGGUUGGGGCAAAGACAUCUCUGUAAAGGCAAAAAGCCGCCGAUCUCAGUGUUAUGAUGAGUUUUGUAAAAGGAGAAGCACUACGCUUACUGAGAACAAACUCGGUUAAAAAAUCUGUUGAAUUAAAGAAGAAAGAAUUUUCACGAAUUCGCCUUAUAGAACAAGGCUGCCCUCAGGACCUCGUCGAAGAGAUCUUAGCCGAAUUACAAUUCUCAUCACGCAACACGCAAACAAAACGAAAACAUUUAGAAAGAUUUUGCCGUUCGUUACGACUUUCAACCCUGCUAACAAGAAUCUUAAAAAGAUUCUUAUGAAACAAUGGCAUCUUAUUUAAGGCAACAAUUGUUGCUUAUCGGAAGGACAGGUCUCUAAAAGAUUCUCUUGUUAUAGCGCAACUUCCUUCACUUUAAUUACAAAACAGCAUCGAGGAGUUAUAAUAUUAAUUCAUAAUAUGUAGAGAGACUGCGUAAUAUAUCGUAGGUAUUUUUUUUGCAGAUACAUGGUUUGGGUGGAGCACGAUUACGCAACGAGGAAGAUAAUGCGUGCAGAUUUGACAGGCGAAAAUCCUGUAGAGUUGCAAAAACAAUUUUAUGGCUUGCCUUUAUAUGUCAUUAUUAAUCACAGCGAUAGUCGAGUGUACUGGACCGAUAUUCAUCGUUCAUUUACUUUUAUUGGGUCAAUUGGAAUUAAUGGAAAUCAUUUCAGAUAUGAGAAAUAUCUUCAUCCAGCUUAUUUCCCAUUUGAUUUGGCAAUCUCUCAAAAUAUCUUUUAUUGGGCUGACCAGAAUUUGCAUGGAGUCUCGUGGUUCAAUCAGAGUUCGUCUUCCGGUGUGGUGAAUCUUCAAAAUCUAUCUCCUCUUGAUUUAAUUGGAGUGGCAAUAUCUGAUUCAUCAACUCAACCAAUAGGUAUUUGAUAAACAUCUUUGAGAUGCAUGAUUUCAUAAAGUGUCAUGCGGCAGAAACGAUUUGAAGUCAGAGUAUGAAGAGAGGGUUUAGUCACUAUGUGCCUACCUAAACCAAAAGAACUUGCAAAAAUGUUUGGGGCAGUAUUUCAACUAAUAUGAGGGCUAAACAUCUUUCCUUUUAACUGAUGAGAAUGCAGUAAAAAUGAAUGACUUUCCAACACCGUUUUCUUUCUACCCAGAUUUAAUUAUAUAAAGCCAGCAGGUUUUAAAAGCCUCUAGUGUAACUCGUUUAUUCCUUCGAGGCAAUGUGACGUUAAAUUUUUUUUGUUAGUACUGUUAAAAUGUCUCUCGAAAUCACCAUCUGACGUAUACGUACUUUUCAAAGCUUCUUGUAGAGACCAGUGGCAUAGUUAAGUCCUAAGCAAAUUUCAUCCACGACCCGCUUUCAUUGGCAAACCCUAUUGUUAAAGAAAAUUCUAAGUGGCAGUUAAAUGACAAAAUCUUUUUUCAUGGAGGAACGUUUCCCAUUCGACAAAGAAAAAAAUAUCAAGGGAACACUCAUCAGGGAAAUUGAUCACUGUAAAUGAGUCCUCUUUCAGUGAAAACGGCGCAAAUUUAUAUUCUUCUCUAUUUUCAGCGAUCCAGGAAAAUCCGUGCGUAGUCAAUAAUGGAAAUUGCAGCAAUUUGUGCCUGUUAACUCCAGGAAGGGCAAGAAAGUGUGCCUGCCCUGAAGGAAUUAAAUUAAGGAAUGACAGCAUCACUUGUGAAAACGGUAAGUGAGUACAACCCAGAAAUGACUUAGAUGAGAAUACAAAUGAUCAUUGAUUAAGCUAGGACUAGAGUACCUAUUACUGCUGCUGUUUACAGUACUCCACGAAAUUAUUACAGUUUUAGGGUGUAGACCAUAAAUCCUACGCUCUAAACUUUUCAACAAAUUCAUGACGCCAAAAGCACAUAACCUAGGUUAUAUGCUUUUGAUGCCGCUGAAUUCAUAAAAACUCCUUAAACAGUACUAUGCAGAUAAAAAAUGAAAGUUUGUGGCCUUAUAAAGAAAAUCACUUUAACGAUAUCAUGUCACAUUUCAUGAAAUACGUCCAGACGUUCACUCUGAAGUGAAGAUUGCGCCUCUAAGUAAAAAUGAAUACUAACUAAGCCAAUGUCUUGGAGUCUAAAACAGCGUAUAAUGAGAGACAAAGCAGUAGUGAAAAACUGAGAAUGGCGACGAUAGUUUUUAGGCGAAACGUGAAUCAUUUCAUCAUGGCUCUAAUGCAAGAAUAUGUUUGGUUCUGUAGAAACUGCGGCUGCAACACUACCACCGCCCCUUCCAGGUAUGUUCUCAAUUCUUAGCAUAUUAAGCACUUUAAAUUAAGGUCGUGAAUACAAUGGUCAAAAUAUCGCUAGCUUUGCACGAAGUUGCUAUCACAGAUGCAGUCCAGGGAGCAUUUUGUUAUCAAAACAGCAAGAGAUUCACGUCAUUACCGACUGCCAUUAAUGACUGUAUAUUCUAUAAGUGCAAAUCAGAAUUGACGAAAUUCAUUGAUGAUAAGUGUUCUUCAUCACACUUAAAGGAAAAUGAACGAUUUUCAAACUCGUUUCCGAUCAAGUUGUUUUUGCUAACCUCUCAGGAUUCACACAAGGUUUCAUGUUGGUGCGUGGUCUUUUUCGUUCAGUUAAGUUUUGAUUAAAAUAUGUUGGAACGGACAACUCUAAAAAGUUCCAUAUAUACAGGAAGCCAACAUAAUUAAAAGUUGCUAUGAACACUAGGAAGUUAAACGCCACUACUUACAGACUUAUGUUGCUUGAACCUCUAGCCAUACAAGUUCGCCUCAGGCCCCGGAGCGCCUUCGAGGAAGGUAAAGGCCGUGUCGAGGUUCUCUAUAACGGAGUUUGGGGAACAAUUUGUGAUGACUACUGGGGUCUCGACGAGGCGCACGUUAUCUGUCGCAUGUUGAACUAUUCGGGAGCACAAUUUGCACCCCGGAAUGCAUUCUUUGGCCGUGGAUCAAUUUUUAUGCCAAUUCACUUAGACAAUAUUAAGUGUCGAGGUGACGAGUCGACAAUUGCUGCGUGUCGCCAUAAUGGUUGGGGCCAAAAUGAUUGCUUACAUUCAGAAGAUGCCAGUGUGGUAUGUUGGACCGACUCGGCUCCUCCUAUUCAAGGUAUGGAGCCUCUUGUAGUACAGCGUUCUCGCGAUGAACAAUUCCUCUUUAUUGUUUGUUCGUCGUUUAAAGGAUAGUUGCUAUAUUUCUGAUUUGUAAUUGUAACAAUAGAAUAUUUUGAUUCACCAGAAUUGCAAGAGUGUACCAGGAGUCUCUAACUUCUGUGUUUAGAAAUGGCUCAGUUACUCUUUCAUUCACUCCUUUCUUAUUGAAACCAUGAGAGUUACCAACACCAAGAGGUCUUAAUUUUGUAAUCCCUCUGUUAAAGUUGUACAUUCUGCCUUCCAGUGUGGAUAAGGAUGCUCAUUGCUGAGCUCUGUUCCACAAGUACGAUCAAAAUGUUCAAGUUCAGCGAUCGUAUGAUAAAAAGCCAAAUAUUUUAUUCUACUUUGCAGAGCCAACUUUGGCCCCUGGACCCUAUCCAGGUACUUGUCUCUUUUGAAUUUUGAAGUUAGUUGAUCACUGUAUCUUGUUCCACGUAUAACAAUGUAUGUAAAGUUACGCUGUGUACUAUUGAAUGGCCUCCUGCCGGCGCCUUCUAGCGAAGGUGAUGAAGAUGGUGGUAACAACAUUGAAGAUGGCGGCAUUGACCACUUCAUUCUGCAAUAAUACCUUGAAGAAACGAGGAAUCAAAAGCGGUCCUUCACUGCGAAUAAUUUGCUGAAAUUAGACCAUUGAGUAUGAUUUUCAAGACUGUAUAAUUUCGAGAUUGAUUAUUUCGAUCAGUUCCUUGCUAAAUUCGAUCAAUCGCUCGAGAGCUAAGGAGAAUUCACAUUGGGUGAUACAGACAUGGGUUGGUUAAAGCUAACACUCUCAGUGUAACCAGAAUCUUCCCGUAGGGAAGUCCAAAAUAUCUACUGCGAUGUAAAUGUAGUAUGAUGAGUCUUUAGAAAUGUAUAAUUUAAUAGUUUUAUGAUUCCUUGUCUCACUUCAGAACUAAAAGUGCGAUUACAAGGUGGAGACAAUUAUUAUAAGGGUAGAGUUGAAAUUUACCUGAAUGGAACCUGGGGAACAGUAUGUGACGACUCUUGGGGAAUUGAAGAAGCCAAUGUCAUUUGCCGAAUGCUGAACCACACAGAAGGAGCCGUCAGCACGCAGUGCUGUGGAUUCUAUAAUGGAUAUGGCGUUUCCGAAAAGAUUUGGCUGGAUGAUGUUCACUGCGUUGGAGAUGAAAAUAGCAUCGCGGAGUGUCGCCAUGGCGGCUGGGGAAAACACAACUGCCGUCACUCAGAAGAUAUAGGGGUCGUUUGCAAGCAUGCUCCAUUAUCAACACCAGGUAUACCUCGUUUUUCUUUCUUUCUCUUUUUUUCAAUUCCCCAGCCACCGUUGCCUGUCUCCCUUCCUUCCCAUUUCAAAUAUUUCUUUAUUUACACUUAAGUCCAAUAUCGGCUUUGUUAUACCGAAAUUAUCGGAAGGACAAUUUUAAAUCCUGAAAUCGCUUGUUUAUUUACCGUUUAGCUUCAACUCAUCUAAUCUGUGCCAUGACAUUCAGUUAAAUUUCUAAGAUUAAAUUUAGGCUAUUUCUUGUCCAGGAAUAAGUGGUUGUGCUGUUGACUCUCCUCUCCGGGUAAUAGGUGAACGCACAGAUGCAAAGAAAAUUGAAUGGGAUAGAAAGAGAGGCAGGGAUAACCAUGCCCUCACACGAGUGACACCACCUAGGCACACUUAGCCACUUUGAUAACAGAGGGGCUUCUAUUCUUUCUCCCUUCGUUUUUGUAAUAUAAGUCUAUUGUGUUCAUUAUUGUUUUCUAUCAAGAUAAAAUUGUGCGACUAGCAGACGGAGCUCGAGAGAGCGAGGGACGUGUGGAAAUAUUCCAUAAUGGAGAGUGGGGAACGAUUUGUGAUGAUCACUGGGAUAUCAACGAUGGAGAUGUUGUAUGCAAAAUGCUAAAUUACUCGGGAGCACUGCGAACUCCCAAACAGGCUUUCUUCGGUCCAGGAAAUGGUAAAAUUUGGCUUGGCAAUGUGAAAUGUAGCGGGAAUGAAACAAGUCUUUUGCAGUGUGGAAACCCGGGUUGGAAUGUUGACAUUUGUGACCACCACGAGGAUGCAUCUGUUAUAUGCGAAACUGAGGCACCACAUUUAGGUAAAUUAAAAACCCUUUGAGGGUCACAUGGUAUAUGUUGUAUAAACCUAAUUUACUUAACUUUACAGUUCACCACCCUUUUACACUCUCAGAGUUUUGAUUUAUUUAACAUUUAGCUCUAUAGCCUCAACUACUUGCUAGGAACUCGAGCAACGAACUUCGGAUCGCAAAGAAAUUGAACAAAAGGAUUAAUGAAAGAGUGUUAGUACAGGUAAUCCCACGACAUUGUGAGAAUUUUUCUACCUUUAAACAAGGUUGUGCAACCAGGUCAUUUUUUUUAAGGUCAAUUUUAGAGGUUUUUUAACCAGGUCACUUUUCGAAGGUCAAUUAGAUAAAGUAGAUUUCGUUCGGAAUUAAGAAAAUUUCGGAAUGAAAAGUAGUCUUGAGAACAGAUAUGUUUGUAAAAUACUACAAGCCCCCCAAAACAGAAGAUAUUCGAUGAAGAAGGUUAAAAGCGACUGUUUUUUUUUCUUCAGAAUCCAAAAGUUUUAUUCUAGCAUGUGGACUCGGACGAGAACUUCUUUAUCAUGUCCCUCUUGAUACGAAUCUGCCUGAAAAAGGUGUGCCCCUGGCAAUAGAGACUAACACUCCACUGGCAGUAACCUUUAACAUUGAAGACAACUUGAUGUACUGGACAGAACAAUCUGGAUCUAUUCAUCGUGCUUAUUUGAAUGGCAGCUUCAGGGAAGUCUUAUUAACAGACCUCAUCCGGCCCACGGCUAUUGAAAUAGACCACGUGGGUAAUAACCUAUACGUGGCAGAUCAAAAUGGCGUCACUGUAUCGAAGCUUGAUGGUUCAUAUCAGACUCUCCUGAUCAACAUGACAUCUUGUCAUGGAAUUGCUUUAGACAGCGUAGCAGGGUAAGAUUUCUUUUUCUUUUUUUUUAUAAUCUUCAUUGCUUGCACACAUAUGCAUCAUAACAUUUCCUGCACUCUGACUAAAAGUUUUCCCAUUGAAUUUAUUUUCCACAGGUAUAUAUAUUUCACUGUGACUGGUAUUAGUCCAAGAAUAUUACGCGCAGACAUGGAUGGUAAAAAUCCGCUUGUUUUGGCCAAUGUGUCCUCCAUAAGAGGAACCAUAUUGGACAUAGCAUUGGACAAGGCCAACAAUCGACUUUUUUACUCGGACGAAGGCAACAACAUGGUGAAGUAUAUCAAUUUAACCAGUGGAGUGCAUCACGCUGUGCUGUACGGUAAUCCUCGCAGACCAGUUGGUCUUGCCUUAUUCAAUGGAACCCUUUACUGGACCGGUGAAGGGACUGUGGAGUUGUUUAGUGGUGGCAUCUAUAAGGUUAAAGCUGACACUUUAAAUGGGGGCAUCGCUCGUGAGGUGGUGGACCUUCUUUCGUAUCCUAAAGGAAUAUAUGCUCAUGACGCCCGAAUGAAGAUACCAGCAGGUGGGAUCUUUAUUAAAAAAAGUCUCGCCAUAAUCAGUUUUUGCAACAACAAAAAACAGUUUUAACCUUAUGUUCUUUUUUUGUUUUCGUCUCUUAUUUUUGUUUUCGAUCAUUGUCUGCUAAAGUGGGUUUCUUGGCAUAUGAGAGGAAAACUGAUCGAUAAAGAAGGAGAGAGAGCAGAGAGGACCAAGAAAUAAGCUCACAAGUUACUCCAAAACCAGUCGUGCAGCAUGAGAGAAUUUGUGUCAGUUGUCUUCCGUAAACAUUUUUUUAGAAAAUGACUUCAAAUGAAUGGUAUCAAUCGUAGAAAUCGGAAUAUAAUUAAAAAAGAGACUUACACUAUCCUUUACGAACCCAGGUUUUACUAAAUGCUUUCGACUGUGCGCAAAGAAAGCGUUUCGUUGUGACGCGAAAUUUUGUGCACGGUACGCAUGCAAUUGCUUGAUUUUGUUUUAUUUGAUCUAGGUAAAAGUUGUAACAGCUCAGUGCAUUAGCAUUCGAGUCAAGGUAUUACAAAGUAUUCUGCUUUUGAAUUACUUUCUACUUUUUUUUUUCCUUUAGACGAUGAUAGUCAUCCUUGCGCUAGAAACAAUGGCAGCUGUUCCCACCUCUGUUUAAUAAACCCAACAGGCCACAGCUGCAUCUGUGUCGGAGCAGGUUCAUGCCAGACAUCUGUCAGCUCAUCAGCCUCUAUUACAAGCGGUAUGAAUACGGCAACCGCCAUGUCCUACUCAUCAACAACUCAUGCUACUGCAACAUCAACAGAAAUCCAUGCUUCAGCCUCAGUUUCUUUAUCAAUCUCAUCUCCGAUGUCCUCAUCAUCAUCUUCUAUGACCUACCAUAUGGUGACUGAACACGCACACACAACAACAGUCAACUUUUUUCCUUCACCAGUGGCUCCGACGGCAACACGUGUAAGCCUUACACCUUCCCAAACCCCGUCUGAUAUCUGUGCAUCGCAAAAUCCUUGUGAGGAUCGAGGUAGCUGCCAAGCUGAUGUUAUCGAAGGCUACAAAUGCGUGUGCUUGGAAUAUUUUAUUGGCCAAGACUGUUCAAUAGACAUAAGUAUGUUAUUUAGUUUGGUGGUUAAAUAGUUAUAGUGUUUGUCUUCCUUUGUAACUGUCAUAAGAGGGGGAAGUGAUCACGUUGGAGUACAGGUUCGCAUAUAAAAUAUAUAGGCUUGUUAGAUACGAAACUAUGCCUUCAAAGCGUAAAAGCAACGACAACUAGUAAAAUUACACUCUUACAUGUUCUUCUUCAUUGCCUUUUCAUUCCAGUUAACAUUUUUCUUCCUAUUCUUACAACAGCUGAUGAAGCAAUUCAGAGUACAUGGUGUGAUUAACAAACCAGAAAGCGUGGAACAGAGGGGGGAAGGGGGUGGGCGUGGGAAAGCAGAUUUUGUUUGAAAUUUGGCAAUUGUUUCAUGGAAAGCUUAACCAGUGAGGUUCCUGGAAAAAGGAGUUCAAUUCGUCUUUUUGAUAAAUGUAUACAAAGUUUGAAUACAAAGUCGCGUAUAUCUAGAGCCCUGUCUACAUGGUAAUUACCUGCAAGAAUGCUCUUGUCUGUUAUAGAGCGAGAAGAGGAGGUAAAACUUAUCGCUUGAUAUUUUGAUUUUCCUACACAGGUGAAGGAGUGGUGGUCCUUGUCAUAAAAAUUCAAGGAAAUGAGGUAAGGGGGAGAGGUUACCGCUUAAUAUAGAGGAAUCAGUCUCUAGGAUUUUACAAUAAGAACUAAAAAUGCACCCUCUCUCGAUAUUAUUAUUAUCAGGGAAUUAAGAGGAAAGAGGUUAUCUAAUUUAUUUCUAAAAUUUGCUGAUUACAAUUGCAUGUGCUCAAAUUAUCCAGACAACAUAAUAACCGAUUAAAAACACCUUUCCUUUCGAAAUCCUCAAAAUGAAAAAUUGUAUUGCAAGAAUAAGCUUACAGAGUAAUAAAUUUAAAUUUUCAUGAAAUUUACUGUAAACGUUUUAAUUCCAUUCCACAGUUCAACAAAACCGACCUGAAGCAAGUCAUCCUUCAAAUCUUGAAUCGCCUCUGUGAAGAUCCCGAAAGCGAACAGUGUCCAAUAACAACAUCAGGGUAAGCAAAUGCUGCUAAAGGCAAACCUAUUUCCCCCGAGCAGGCCUGUUCUUUGUUCUGGAAUUUCUUGUAGAGUUAACAGUUCAAUGUGAACAAGGCCAAACUCAUCGACUUUUCAAACUGUGGGCUUUGCUCGUCCAUAUCCUUUGUUUAACAUUCACAAAUGCCUCAAAGUUGGAAAACCACUAGUAAACACCACGAAAUGAUGAGGAUAUUUAGUAUUGUCAACUGAGUUGAUAACGUAAACUAGCCAUCAUAAAGAGUUUCAAAGCUGAUGUUUCAAGCGUUAACCUUUCGUUAGCCCUUCGUCAUUCGCUCUGACGAGGAGCGAACGCCCGAAACGUCAGCUCUGAAACUCUUUAGUGACCAAUUUACCUCAUAAACUCGAUAAUACUAAAUUAGCCUGACUUUAAACAUAUGAAAAUCAUAAAUGUGUGCUGCGGUUGAAGAAAUGAAUAUAGAAGCGAUCCUCGCAGUUAUGAACACUAUUGAACUAGUAGUUGAAAUAAGGCCUGAAAAAAAAAAAAAAAAAAAUUUUUUUGAACCCAUGACCCAGCGCUCUACCAACUGAGCUAACUAGCCAGCUGGGAGCUGGUCAUUAUGUUGGAUCCAAAUAAGACCUUAAAGUGGGGAAUAAUGACUGUAAAUAUAUGAAAAUCAUAUAUGUGUACCGCGGUUGAAGAAAUGAAUAUAGAGGCGAUCCUCGUAGUUAUGAACACUACUUAACUACCUAUUUUAAGUAAUAGUUGAAACAUUAGAGCCUUAUUUCAACUACUAGUUAAGUAGUGUUCAUAACUGCAAGGAUCGCUUUUAUAUUCGUUACUUAAUUAGCCUGUUAUACUCAGUGACCGACGCAGCAUCACAGUUUCUCUAGACACUUACCCCCUUUAACGACCAAACGAUCGUUUCACAGAUAUGUCUGUUAAGCUUAAUUUGAGAAUCACAACAAAGAUCUCCAGUAGCUACGAAGCUCUAAUGGCAAACUGUAAGCUUUAUUGAGGUGCCGUUUCCAUCUUAUAGAGGUGUUAAACUGUGGAGACCUUAUUAUGUUUUUAUUUGCCAAUUUCUUAAGCGGGGCAAGAAGAAAAAGAGAAGUGCCAAAGGAAACUUUCAGUCACGCAGAGGUCAUAGUAAAGGAACCGAAAAAAAUCAAUGGUAACCUUCAAGUAGAGCUAGCCGUCAUCAAACGGAUGUCCAAUGGUUCAAUAUCUGUUAUAUCUGGCGCAAAUCUUGCCAGGAUAGUAAACGCUUCGGCGGCAGAAAUCGGUCAUAAACUGGGAGGGACGUUAUCAAGUGUCAUGUCGAAAUUCCCUGGACCAACAGCUCAGGCUACACAGUCUACCAUGCCGGUUGAUAAUUCCACGACAAUAACACAAAAACAACCCCAGGACAGCACGACAGUACCUGGAACAACGACCGGUCAGGUACCAGCUGGUCCGGGUUCUGCAGCUGCCAAUAAGGGAGGAGGAGACAACGGUGGAGUUAUCGGCGGUGUGGUGGUAGCCUCCCUUGUUAUCAUCAUCUUGGUUAUCGCACUGGCGGUCUGGUAUUUCAGGUAAUAAACUUUGAUUCAUGAUUUCCUUAAUUCAUACUAGCAAAGAUUAAAAAAACCAAAACCCUUCAUGGUAAGCAACCAACGGAAGAUAACAGCCAGUUUUUUUUUCUCUAUUCAUCUCAAAUCAGGGAAAAAGAGAGCAGCACAGAAUACAAUAAAAAAUACGAAAAAAGGGAACUAAAACCAUAUAAAACCUAACAUGUACUCAGCUGCUAGACAUCUACGACUGAAAUGGAGAUCAAACACCAAACAAAAGUGUGGAUAAUUGAGGUUGAUUCUUAAUGUAUUGAGAGAAUUUCCACUUUUGUUUCCUUGUAAACGGAAGAAAAAACAUACCCUGAAGGCAGUACAUUUGCAAAAAAAAAAAAACAAUCGAAAGCAAGCGUUUGUCCUGAUACAGCAGCAAAACUCGAGUAAUCUUUACACAAGAGGGUGUGUCGUGUGGUUGCUACUAAUGAAUCACUCUAAAGCGAAAUCCUGAGGGAAAACAAUGAAUUCAACGCAAUUGCUCAGCUCGUUGUAAACUAAGAAUGAAUAACGGAGGACGUAGCUAAAAACUAUCACCAGAAGCCUACUAGUAAAAAAAGCUGAAAAAAUUGAAAUGUAACUAAAACCAGAAUCAAGUAGCACAAUUUGUUUCUUUGCAAUAUUUCCUAAUCCAUUUCAUUGGUUUUUUUCUGUCAAAAGGGUAAAAAUUCCAAGUCUCCCUUUUUCUUACAAAAGAAACAGUGAUGGUCCUGAGCUACGAGUGGCUUCGUUUGAGAAUCCCGGAUAUGACACCGGAAUAGGAUUUGCGACACAUGGUGAUGAUCUAUACCAAGAUCUACCUCCGCCGGUUGUUCUAUCCCCGUACGAGGAUCUCAAUGACUAUGGCGCUGUUAGCAAUCCUAUGUACUCUGAAUUUGGCGCCGACCAUGAAGCUUCGGUUAGGAGGUCUAAUUUCGGUACAAGUUUGUUCAGCAGCCAUGGGAAAGAAACCGAGAUUGGAGCAAAUGAUGCUAAGAAAAGCAAUGGAAGUAUGGCAGUAAAUAAGAUCUCUUUGGAAGAUAACAGCGUGGUCAAAAUGAAACAUCAUAGCAAGGAGACUGGUACAAACCAGGGGCGUGAAAACAAAGGCCAAACCGUUCUUGUUUUAGAAGACGGCGAAGAGAUUAACAAGGCGUCUGAGCUAUGAAUUACACUGGUUUAAAAAUGCUGCGAAAUAAGUAGCAAUGCCCAUAAUUUACAUUUCACAAAAUUGAACAAACUCCUAACAUGGUUUCCAUCCAAAAAUAUGGACUUUUUAGUAGCAAACAAAACCAUAAAAUAAUUUCGCUAAACCUCGCCCUUUCGUUAUUGUGUGUUGCAAUUAGAGCUAACUAGAUCUUUUAGAAAAAUAUAAUUAAAAAUGUGAAACUAGAGUAAGAAUCGUAAAACCGCUGUGUUCUCGUGCAAUAAUGAAUUGAAGGCCGCCUUGGAUUUUCUUUUGGUGCGAACCUCCACAUUCAUUGCUUACUGUACUUAUAUCGUUACAGUUUCUCACAAUUAUGAUAUGUAGGAAUGAAAACGUACACGGAUUUCGUAACUCAAAUUUUUUUAAUUGUCAAUAAAUCAAAAGAAUAUGCGAA